UAUCACAUUCUGUCUGCCUCUCAUCUCUUGUUUCAAUUCGUAUGUAUGGUUUGACUGUGUGUGAAAGAAUUUGUGUGUGGUGUGUUCUGGAGUUUGGGAAUGUGUUUUGUGUUAUUCUGUCUGAGCAGGUAUUUGUGAUGAUAGAUCUUGAGAAGAUCUUUCCGACGCAACAAGAAUCGCUUCAAUCGGAGCAAGAAUGCGAAAGCUAUGAAGAUUCAAAGUUCAUGAGCUUGCGUUACAAUUGCGGCGGUUACAAAGUGAAGUUGUGGGGUGACUUUAUAUGGAGUUGGGACCUUUGGGGUUGGGGAAACUUGUCACUCUACUGUAACAGCUGCAAAUUGGUUGGGAACAACCAAGCUAGGUUGGCAAGGGUGGCCAACUUGGAUGGAUUGGUUGGGAAGGGACAAAUGUCAAAGUUUGGGUUCCUAUAGGGAGGGAAUCUUUGUGCUUAUGGGGUUUCCUUGGUUGGGGACUCUCUUGGGACCUCCCCUCUCAUCCCUCUCUUCCUAUCCCAACCUUUCUCUUGCUCCUUCUAAUUCCUUGAGAAGAUGAAUGAGAGAGGAGGAGAUGCUAAUGGAAGAGGAGCUGUAGCUGAGAAGACAAGUGAGCCGCCGCCAUCAAAAGUUGAAGCUUUGGAUGGCUCCAACUAUGAGGAAUGGAGCGGACGGAUGAGGAGUGCCUUCAAACGCUACAAGCUCCUGAAGAUUGCUGUUGGGGAAGAGAAGAUGCCGGAAGAAGGCGAAGCACGCGAACGGUGGAUUGAGAAAAGCGCGGUGCUUUUCGACCUCAUCCUUCAAUCGGUCAACAAGGAGAUGUUCGAGCACAUCAAGGAUCUUGUGGAAGCGGAUGAUUCGGGUCCAAGGGCGUGGAAACUACUACGCGAUGUGAUUCAGCCCAACACUCUCCCGAUGGUGAUCGUGCUCGAGAAGGAACUUGCUGCCAUCUCCAUGCGACCAGGGGACGAUGUGAAGCCGGUCCUUGACAAGAUCAAGGACACCUAUGCAAGGAUGGCAGCAGCGGGCAGCAGUGUAUCUCAGCUGCAGCAGUGCACCAAGAUCAUCUCGGUGUUGGACAACUCGUGGGAUAACCUCAUCCCCACCCUCAACUCUCAGCAAGAUCAAUGGACACCUGAGUGGCUAAGGCAGCAGAUUCUGCAGGAGGACUUCCGCAGACGCCAUGUGGGAGGCGGUGCUGCCACUAAGACUGCUGAGGGGUAUGGAGCUGCAGGGCGCGGCAGAGGAAGAGGGGGUUGGAAAGGCCGAGGCCGUGGGAGGAGCUUUGGCAGAGGUAGAGGCCGAGGUGACUAUAAUGAGGGGCAUGGAAGCUCCAGUGGCAGGGGGAGCACCAGAAUGGAGGGCACCUGCUGGUACUGCAAGAAGAUCGGGCAUCCUUGGUUCAAGUGCUUCAGCAGGCCGGAGGGAUGGUCACCUCCAGGCAUGAAGCCGCCAAGUGGUGAACGCGCACAAGGUGGCGCUGUGCAAGGCUCAGGUGCACAAGGUGAAGGUGCACAAGGUAACGCCUAUCCUGGGAUGUAUCUUAUGGUUGAGGAUGUGCAUGGGCAUGAGGGUGAUGUGGGAUCUGUGGGAAAGGUUGUGACGCACCCUCUCACGCACUGGGUGAUUGAUUCAGGUUGCACCAGUCACAUGACCCCACGGGCAGAUUUGCUUGAUGAGGUAAAACCCCCUGGGAAGAUUAAGUAUGUGGCAGCAGCGUCAGGUGCUUUGCUCCCCGUGAUUGGUGUUGGGAAUGCCAAGGUUAAGGGAGCUAAUGGGGAGCUUGUGGGGCUUGGGAAUGUUCUGCUGGUUAAAGGCUUGUCUGCUAACCUUCUCUCUGUGCGGCGACUGCAGAAGAGUAAGGCCGAAGUGACCUUUGGACCAACCAGCUGCCGUGCUAAGCUUGGGAAGAAGGUGCUGUGGAGUCUGGAAGAGGAGACCAGCUGCAUCAAGGACCUGUGGCAGCUGCCCAUCAUCCCUUGGAAUGGGAAGACUCCAACAGCAGUAGAGCAGCAGCAGCAGCAGCAGCAUGAGUCUCCAUCUCGAGUUCCACACCCGCCUGAGCGUCCUAGGAGGGAUGUGCGCCCUCCAGUGAGGCUGACCUAUGGGGGAAGAGGCAGGCCGAAUGUGGUGCAGGCUGGGAGUGUGGUUGAGCAGAUUGAGGAAGAUGAGAUCGCUCACUGCUACUGGGCACCAAUCCCUGAGCCCAAGACUCGAGAGGAGGCCUUGAAUGGACCAAAUGGGGAGAAGUGGAAGGCGAGUGAGGAUGAGGAGUUCGGGUCCCUAAUUGAGAACGAGACAUGGGACCUGUGUGACUUGCCUCCUGGAAAGAAGGCAAUCACUUCCAAGAUGAUCUACAGGCACAAGUAUGGACCUGAAGGGGAGCUGACCCGCUACAAGUCUAGGCUUGUGGCACGGGGGUUUCAGCAGACAAAGGGGAAGGACUAUGAUGAGGUGUUUGCUCCUGUGGGGAAAGGAACAACACUGAGGGUGCUGUUGGCGAUAGCUGCACUCCUGGGAUGGAAGAUACGGCAGAUGGACAUUGUGACUGCCUUUCUGAAUGGGAUCAUUCUGGAGGAGGUGUACAUGAAACAGCCAGAGGGGCUGGAUGACGGGAGCGGCAGGGUCUGCAGGCUGAAGAAGGCCAUCUAUGGCCUUAAGCAGGCGCCUCGUGCAUGGUAUCACAAGUUGGAGGAGGCGCUGUUGGCUGGGGGUUUCAAGAAGAGUGAGUGUGACCCCAGCCUGUUCCUGCUGCAGGAGAAGGAUGAAAUCCUCAUGCUCUUGGUGUAUGUGGAUGAUAUCCUUCUCUUUUCUGCAUCCACUGCUUUGCUGGACAGCGCAGAGCAGAUGCUGGAGAUGCAGUUCAAGUGCUCCAAGAUGGGUGAGGUGAAGUACUACUUGGGGAUGCACGUGGAGAGAGAUGUGGAAAAGGGUGUGCUGAGGUUGCACCAGAGGAAGUACUGUGAGGGGCUGGCUGAGAAGUAUGGGCUGCAAGAUGGGGGAAAGCCAGCAACACCACUACCUUCAGGGUUUACUGUGGAGCCAUGUGCUGAUGAGGAGGUAGUGGGUGAGAGUGACAGGAAGCUGUUUCAUUCGAUGGUUGGGUCGCUGAAUUAUGCUGCAAAUCAUACACGGCCUGACAUUGCAUUUUCUACAUCACGGUUGGCUAGUGUGGUCUCACGCCCUAGUCAUGAGCAGCUGGAAGCGGCCAAGAGGUUGGUCCGCUAUGUGAGCGCUACGGCAUCAGUGGGAUUGGAGUACAGUGGAGUGAGGCAGCGGUUGCAGAGAGGUGCUGCAGAUGUGAAGAGUGGAGAGAUGCUCUUGAGUUGCUAUACUGACGCUAGCUUCAACUCAGUGAAAGCGGAUGGCACCAGCAUUGGGGGUUAUGUGUGCUUGCUAGGAGGUGGUGCUGUGAGCUGGCGCAGCAAGAAGCAGAAUGAGGUGGGAUUGUCUUCAUGUGAGACUGAGUACAUGGCCUUACACCAUGGGGCCAAGGAAGUGGUAUGGCUGAGGCGUUUGUUGGAGGAGUUGGGAGUUGGUCAGGAGGAGCCGACAGUUGUGUUCUGUGACAAUGAGUCUGCAGUGAAGCUGGCCAAGAAUGCUUGUCUGCAUGGGCUGACAAAACACAUAAGGCCUAAGUGGCAUUGGGUGAGGAGAAUCCUUGAUAAGGAGGUGCGGCUGGAGAUAGUGAAGACCCAUCAGCAGGCAGCAGAUAUUUUCACUAAGCGUCUUGCGGAGGCGGAUCAUUGGAAGGGCAUGAAGCUUGCUGGGAUGAGUGUGCAUUGAGUAUGCAUGCUUGAGAUGUGGUAUGGUCGAUGAUGGUUGGCAGCCAGAGGGGGAGAUUGUUGUGUGAUGUCAUCAUAUGCUAUCACAUUCUGUCUGCCUCUCAUCUCUUGUUUCAAUUCGUAUGUAUGGUUUGACUGUGUGUGAAAGAAUUUGUGUGUGGUGUGUUCUGGAGUUUGGGAAUGUGUUUUGUGUUAUUCUGUCUGAGCAGGUAUUUGUGAUGAUAGAUCUUGAGAAGAUCUUUCCGACGCAACAAGAAUCGCUUCAAUCGGAGCAAGAAUGCGAAAGCUAUGAAGAUUCAAAGUUCAUGAGCUUGCGUUACAAUUGCGGCGGUUACAAAGUGAAGUUGUGGGGUGACUUUAUAUGGAGUUGGGACCUUUGGGGUUGGGGAAACUUGUCACUCUACUGUAACAGCUGCAAAUUGGUUGGGAACAACCAAGCUAGGUUGGCAAGGGUGGCCAACUUGGAUGGAUUGGUUGGGAAGGGACAAAUGUCAAAGUUUGGGUUCCUAUAGGGAGGGAAUCUUUGUGCUUAUGGGGUUUCCUUGGUUGGGGACUCUCUUGGGACCUCCCCUCUCAUCCCUCUCUUCCUAUCCCAACCUUUCUCUUGCUCCUUCUAAUUCCUUGUGAGAUUCUUGAACUUUGAUUGAACUC